UGUUCAUGUGACAGUAUAAAACUAUAUUUAGCACGUAAUGCCGAGCAAUUUUUACUUGUUAAUGACCUUAAAAAAGAAAACAUACGCGCGUACCUCUAUAGUGGUCGUGCAAGAUACUAUCUAGGAAAUCGAUUUUACAAGUUCAAAAUGACUUCAAAUACUAUGAGAAUACGACAGGCCACAUCUGCUGAUAAGGAAUCUGUUAUCGGUAUUCAUAACAACGUGUAUGACGGGCUAGACUACAUUGCUGAGUAUUUCGACGACUUUAUUGCAUGUCCUCUUACCACACCAUACGUUGCUCUCAUCAAAAACGAAAUUGUUGGUUUUGUUGCAACAUUUAUGGUUGACGAAGGCAAGACUGUGAUUACACGUGCUGGAAGACUGAGUCCGAGUGUUGGUGGACAGGGCUUGUACAAGCAGUUUCAUGCUCAGGUGCUUAAAGCUUCGGGAACAUCAAGGCAUGCAUUCAUUACUGCCAACACACAUCCUGCCGCUAACAAGGAGACGUUUAGGGCUGUCAACAAGCUAAUACUUUCGAAGCCUCUCACAAGAUUUUUGUUUGACGCUCGUGUUUUGCAAUCUCUGGUUGAACCGAGUGAAAAAUUACACAGCCCAUCGGACGCAGAUUUCAAGCAUUUCUUUUCCAGUCCUGCUAUUAGAAACCACUUAUUUCCGAAAGAGAGGAUCAUUGUAGAUUGGGUGCCUUACAGACUUACCGAAGCCAAUGUUUCACUUCUUCGUUGGUCUGGCGAAAGGACGAAGGUCUUGUCUGACAUUUCAGUCGAUACUGAUGGAAUGGUCAGUGGUCUCCUGACUUUCUCAACGAUAAUUCCUGUCAAGAGACCGGCAUACAGUUGUAACUUCAAUAUUUAUGGUACAGAUACCACGACAUUAAAAGAUCACGUGAUUUCUCACAUGCGUUACAUACGUGGCACGGCAGUUGGCGUUAUCAGUCUUCUAGUCUUGGUAGAGCCAGGUUUUAAUAUGCAAGUUUUGGAAGAUGUGUUUAAAGAAAUCGGGAUACAAAGAAGUGAUUGGCGUGAUUCUGAAAAUCCUGAAAUUAUUUACUCUUACCAGUUUUUGUUUGAAAAAGAAUUAUGAAUAUUCAAGAUAUUGUAACGUGUUAGCCUGAUAAAAUACUUGUUUCAUUUUGAGACGUGCUGUUAAUAAUAAUUUCAGCUUUCAGAACUGUCAGAAAACGUGCAGAAAUAAUUGAAUGUACUCUAUACAAAUGCAUCAACGUAUAUUGAACGUUUAAAUUUAAAUGUUUUAGCAAUAAUACCAAUUAGAUAUUGCGGAUCUGAAAUGUGCAGUAUGUUUUUAACCUGGUUUAAGCUCCAUAUAUAACGUAACUGUAUUGUAGGAAGUAUAUGUAUUAGUAUAAGUAGUAUUAGUAUUAGUAUCAUUUUUUAUCAUGCUUAUUAUACAAGAAGUAAUUCUUAAUUGAGCAGUUUACAUUUGUCGUCGUGUUUAAUGUGCAUGAAUGCAUCCAUAUGUACUUUAAACGCAACCCUGUACAUGUAUUUCAUAUCAAGAUAAAAAAAUCUUGAUUCGUUUUUGCUUUCCCUUUCCACACUGUUCAAAUAUAUCAAAUGCUGCUUACUUCCUACAUUUAAAUCUUUUAAAAACGACUAAACAAAAUCUUCAACUAAAGACCUUUCUCGGAAUAGCAAAGUUUCCUGCGAAAGCAAGAACAUGGAGCAAGUUAAAACAGUGCGAUCACUUUCACAACACUUGAAAUUAUGAUGACCCUGUAAAACAAAUAAUUAUUUUAUCGUAUAAUAUAUGUUGAAGUAUG